AUGCAGGCGCUGGGCUGUGCGCUCCUCUUCCUCGCCGUGCAACUGAUGGUGCCGGCAUAUUCAGAAGGUACCUGGUGCUACGACUCCCAGGACCCAAAGUGUGGCUCCACUCACUGGAAGGAGUUAGCCCCUGCUUGUGGAGGCCCAACCCAGUCACCCAUCAACAUUGACCUUCACCUGGUUCAGAAGGACUCUACUCUUCAGCCCUUCAUCUUUCAAGGCUACAACUUGGCACCUCCAGGCCCUUGGUCCUUGGAGAAUGAUGGUCAUACAGUGCUACUCCACAUGGACACUGGUCCACAGAAUGGCCUGGAGAUUUGGGGAGCCGGGCUGCCACCACCUGCCUACCGAGCUCUGCAGCUGCACUUUCACUGGGGGGCCCCAGGGCAUACAGGCUCGGAGCACAGCCUGGAUGGACAGCACUACUCCAUGGAGAUGCACAUUGUCCACAUAAAUACAAAGUACCAGAGCAUGGAGGAGGCACGACGUCACCCUGAUGGUCUCGCAGUGCUGGCAGUGCUGUUGGCGGAGCAGGACCAGGACAAUGUCAACUUCUCUGCUAUUGUGUUGGGCCUGAAAAAUGUGUCUAUACCUGGUGUCUCAGUGAAUAUGACAUCCACCUUUCCAUUGUCCUCACUGUUGCCAGGCCCCUUGGGGCUUUUGCGCUACUAUCGCUACUCUGGGUCGCUGACUACGCCCGGCUGUGAGCCUUCUGUGCUCUGGACGGUCUUCGAGAAUGCCGUACCUAUUGGACGUGUGCAGAUAGCCCAGUUCCAGACUGUGCCCCAGGCCAGGAUGCUGGGCUUGCACCCUGAACCACUCACGGAUAAUUUCCGCCCUCUGCAGCCUCUUGGAGGGCGCAGAAUCUUGGCCUCCCCCAAAGCCUCUAUUCGAUCAGCAGCUCCACCAGGAUCCCCCAUCCUGGCUGGUGUUCACAGGGCUCUGCUGGCCCUGGGGCUCAGCCUGGUGGUCUGGCAGGACCCCUAG